CUCUCACUUUUUAGAAGCUUUGCGCACGCACAAAGGCUUGAGCUCCGAUUCCUCCCCGACGCACUGUGCACGGUUCUACCAAAAAACAAAACAAACAACAACAAAAAAAAAAUAUGGCAGCCAUAAGAAACGACGUUUUCUCCUGUUUUGUCUUCUACGCCGUGCUCCUGGUGAUAAAAAUGUACGUGAUUGCGGUCAUAACCGGACAAGUGAGGCUGCGUAAAAAGGCUUUUGCCAACCCCGAGGACGCGCUGAGACACGGUGGUUUGCAGUUCAACCGAGAAGAUCCAUAUGUGGAGAGAUGCCUGAGAGCUCAUCGCAACGACUUGGAGAACAUCCUCCCCUUCCUCUUCCUGGGCGCCAUCUACUCCCUGACCGGACCUUCGCUGACCGUGGCCCGCCUUCACUUCCUGGUCUUCUUCCUGUGCCGCCUGCUUCACACCGUGGCCUACCUGCUGGCCCUGAAGGCGCCGACCCGCUCUGUGGCCUACACUGUCGGCCAGAUCCCUUGUGUUUCCAUGGCUCUGCAGAUUCUAAUGGCGGUCGCGAGGUACGCCUGAACGCUGAGGGGGCGAGAGACUGAACCUUAGGAGGCGUCCUGGGUCGUAAAAAGAUGGCUAUGAUUUGCGGCCUGUUGCAGAGGAGGACGAGGAGGAGGACGAGGCGUCCUGGAUAGACAAGAAUGUUAGAGGGGGUGCAAUAUGAGGUGUUUGUUGGGUUUUCGUGAGAUCCUGUCAGUAUUUUCCUCUACAAAAUGUGACAAACGAUAUUUGAAGUUGUACGAUGAACUGUAGGUGUGUAUUUAAAAUGCAUAAUGAAGGUUGUUGCUCGUUCUGACCAGGAUUCGUCGGGAAGUCAGCUGUAGACAUUUAGCUUAAGCCACUCUGGAGUAUUUUCCAGCGCUGCACUGUACGUCGAACCCUGACCUCUCUUGUGUGUACGCACAACACUGACUGCCAAUCACGCGGUUUCGCAUCCUCGCCGCGGCGUGGUCUGUUUCCUCUGUUGAUAGUCCAUCUGUUGUGUUAACAUUUCGCCCGGGUUCUACCAUGUUCAACAAAAACAUCAUGUAUCCCGGAGCGUGACAGCCGGUGAGGUGUUGAAAGGUUUAAUACCAGUCACCUGAGGCUCCCUCUGUGAGUUAAGCUGUUUUUAAAAAAAAAAAAAAAAAAAAAAAAUGACAGCAACCUCAUAUGUAAAAAUGAAAUUGUAUCUGUGAAAACACUUUAAGGGCUAUUUUUUACAGUUUUGUAAUGAUAAUUUAUUAUUCAGUUUAAUGUAUGCAGUUAUGUUUUUGUCUCCACGUGUUAAAUUUUUGUAGGCAAUAAAACAAUUCACAACCGA